AUGGGCUCUCCAACCCUGUUCCUGCAGCUACCCAGUACUCUGUAUGCCAUGGGCUCUCCAACCCUGUUCCUGCAGCUACCCAGUACUCUGUAUGUCUUGGGCUCUCCAACCCGGUUCCUGCAGCUACCCAGUACUCUGUAUACCAUGGGCUCUCCUACCCUGUUCCUGUACUCUCUACCCAGUACUCUGUAUGUCAUGGGCUCUCCUACCCUGUUCCUGCAGCUACCCAGUACUCUAUAUGUCAUGGGCUCUCGAACCCGGUUCCUGCAGCUACCCAGUACUCUGUAUGUCAUGGGCUCUCCAACCCUGUUCCUGCAGCUACCCAGUACUCUGUAUGUCAUGGGCUCUCGAACCCGGUUCCUGCAGCUACCCAGUACUCUGUAUGUCAUGGGCUCUCCAACCCUGUUCCUGCAGCUACCCAGUACUCUAUAUGUCAUGGGCUCUCCAACCCUGUUCCUGCAGCUACCCAGUACUCUGUAUGUCAUGGGCUCUCGAACCCGGUUCCUGCAGCUACCCAGUACUCUGUAUGUCAUGGGCUCUCCAACCCAGUUCCUGCAGCUACCCAGUACUCUCAGCAGUAGUAGUAGUGACAGUAGUAGUAGUGACAGUAGUAGUAGUAGUAGUAGUGACAGUAAGAGUAGUAGUGAUAGUGACAGUUGUAGUAAUAGUAGUAGUAGUGACAGUAGUAGUAGUAGUAGUAGUAGUAGCGGCAGUAGUAGAGGUAAUAGUAGCAGCAGUAGUAGUAGUGACAGUAGUAGUAGUAGUGACGGUAGUAGUAGUAGUGACAGCAGUAGUAGUAGUAGUAGUAGUGACAGCAGUAGUAGUAGUAGUGACAGCAGUAGUAGUGGUAGUAAUAGUGACAGCAGUAGUAGUAGUAGUGACAUUAGUAAUAGUAGUAGAGAAAGCAGUAGUAGUAAUAGUAGUAGUAGUGACAGCAGUAGUAGUAGUAGUAAUAGUGACAGCAGUAGUAGUGGGAGUAAUAGUGACAGUAGUAGUAGUAGUGACAGUAGUAGUAGUAGUAGUGACAGUAGUAGUAGUAGUAGUAGUAGUAGUAGUAGUGACAGCAGUAGUAGUAGUAGUAAUGACAGUAGUAUUAGUAGUAGCGGCAGUAGUAGUGGUAGUGACGGCAGUGAUAGUAGUAACAGCAGUAGUAGUGGUAGUAGUAGUAGUAGCAGUAGUGACAGCAGCAGUAGUAGUAGUAGUGACAGCAGUAGUAGUGGUAGUAAUAGCGACAGCAGUAGUAGUGAUGACAGCAGCAGCAGUAGCAGUAGUAGUAGUGGUAGUGACAGCAGUAGUAGUGGUAGUAAUAGUGACAGCAGUAGUAGUGGUAAUAGCAGUGACAGUAGUAUUAGUAGCAGUGGCGGCAGUAGUAAUGGUAGUGACAGUAGUUGUAGGAGUAGUAGUAGUAGUGACAGUAGUAUUAGUAGUAGUGGUAGUAGCAGUAGUAGUAGCAGUAGUGACAGCAGUAGUAAUGGUAGUAGUAGCAGUAGUAGCAGUAUGAGUAGUAGUGGUAGUAAUAGUGACAGUAGUAGUAGUAGUGACAGUAGUAGUAGUAGUAGUGACAGUAGUAGUAGUAGUAGUAGUAGUAGUAGUAGUGACAGCAGUAGUAGUGGUAGUAAUAGUGACAGCAGUAGUAGUGAUAGUAGUGACAGCAGCAGUAGUAGUAGUAGUGACAGUUGUAGUAGUAGCAGUAAUAGUGACAAUAGUAGUAGUAGUGAUAGCAGUGACAGUAGUAUUAGUAGUAGUGGUCGUAGCAGUAGUAGGAGUGGUAGUGACAGUAGUUGUAGGAGUAGUAGUAGUAGUGACAGUAGUAUUAGUAGUAGUGGUAGUAGUAGUAGUAGUAGUGGUGAUAGUAGUAAUAGUAGUAGUAGUGACAGUAGUAGUAGUAGUAGUAGUGACAGCAGUAGUAGUGGUAGUAAUAGUGACAGUAGUAGUAGUAGUGACAGUAGUAGUAGUAGUAGUGACAGUAGUAGUAGUAGUAGUAGUAGUAGUAGUAGUAGUGACAGCAGUAGUAGUGGUAGUAAUAGUGACAGCAGUAGUAGUGGGAGUAAUAGCAGUGACAGUAGUAUUAGUAGUAGUGGUCGUAGCAGUAGUAGGAGUGGUAGUGACAGUAGUUGUAGGAGUAGUAGUAGUAGUGACAGUAGUAUUAGUAGUAGUGGUAGUAGUAGUAGUAGUAGUGGUAGUGAUAGUAGUAAUAGUAGUAGUAGUGAAAGUAGUAGUAGUAGUAGUAGUGACAGCAGCAGUAGUAGUAGUAGUGACAGCAGUAGUAGUGGUAGUAAUAGUGACAGCAGUAGUAGUGGGAGUAAUAGCAGUGACAGUAGUAUUAGUAGUAGUGGUCGUAGCAGUAGUAGGAGUGGUCAACUCACUUCCUGUUAG